AGGGCAGCAGGAAGCUUUGGUCAAGCUCCUCAGAAAUGUGUGAGCGUAAUCUUCUCAGUUCUGGCUAUGUUGGCUCUCUUUUGAAUUACCCUUCCCCGGACUCCUUUUAUUUUCCAAAUUUACGGGGAAAUGGAGCUCAGCUAACAGGGCUUCCCCCGAUUUCUUACACCCGGAGAGAGGUGUGCUCGCUCCCGUGGACUCCCCCGAGUUCUUGCACUUCUCCGCCACAGAGCCGCGCCUUCAGUGGCUACUCUCAACCUUUUUUGACCAAUUCUGUACCACUAAGUACUAACCCUAGCAACCACAACAAAGGAUCAUUGGAAGACACCGGUAAAUACUACUUCCAGAACGCAAGCCUCAAACCAGAGGAACCGUGUAGACGAUCUCCAUCUUUCUCAAGCGAGCACGGACUUAAUUCUGCCAACGCCAGCUCUGCCAAAUAUGAUUUUUCUAAUUUUGAAAGGCUGCCUCACGGGUCAUCUGCCCACAGUGAACUGCAUACCAGUAACCAAGCAAUAAGCGAGGGCAUCAAACAGUCUGUCGACUUAAACAUGACAAUGCUAUCACCUUCAAACCAGCCAUGCACCCGAGCGUCCUUAUCUGAUGAGUCGCCUUGGUGUCCGACUCAAUCAAGAUCAAGAAAGAAACGAAAACCGUACACCAAACCACAGCUCGCUGAACUCGAGAAUGAAUUUCUUAUGAACGAGUUUAUCAACAGACAGAAAAGGAAAGAACUAUCUGAUAGGCUGGAUUUAAGCGACCAGCAAGUUAAAAUCUGGUUCCAGAACCGAAGAAUGAAAAAGAAAAGACUAACAAUGCGUGAGCACGCAUUCUCUAUGUACUAAAGUUAUUUGCAAAAACAGUUGCAGAUUUCAGAAUGAGCUCUGGACACUACAAAAAAUGAAAUUGAUUUGUAGAAAACAGGACAACAUUAAAGCCGUCAAAAGAUUCAACGUUAACAAUGGACAUCGCUUCACGGUUUCAUAUUCGUGUUAAAAUGUUAUACGUCACUAAUGUAAAUUAAGAAAACAAAAUAUACCUCACAGGUGCUGCUAUGCCGCAGUCAUUGUAUUGUUAUAUGUGUCAAUAUUUUGUGCUAAUGAAGUAGAAACAAAUAAGUAUUAGUGAAAAUGCAAGCAAUGCAUUUUUAAAGUGUGUAAUCAGCAUGCAAGAAGUACUAUCUUUAUUAUUAAAAAAAAAAAAAAAUGUCCGUUAUCAAUAAAAUGAUACAUAUGUUUAAAGGUUUAAUUUCAUUAAAUGUAUUUUG